AUGAAUGCCAGGCCCGGCCCUGGGACCAAGCCACCUAGGCGAAUGCCUAGGGCCUCCAGAUUUCGGCUUGGGCCCAGGGCCUCCAAAUUCAACAGAUUCUCACAAUUAAACCGUAUCUAUUUCAAAUGGCAAAAGGUAAUCAAUUCGACUUCCAGCUCCCGCUUCCAGAAUUUCCAGCUCCAACUGACCAAAACCGCAGUGGAAAAUCCCAAUCUCCGCCUCUCGUACACCGGAUUUCCUUUUUUUAUAUCAUAUCAGGGAGUAUCUGAGGAGUUGGAAGGUCAUCAUUUGCCGGGACAUGCUGCAUCAAUGGAUUUAAAUAUGCAUCCUUCGACUUCAGGAAAUUCUUGUACUAUUUCUAGUGAUGCUUUGCUGAAAAUCCAGAUUCGACUGGGAUGUUUGUAUGCCCGCAUACUAGGGUUGCACUGAUGGCAUUGAUUAAGCUCUGGGAUAGUGGAAUCAUUGAUCGAACUGAUAAGAAGGUAGUUGUUAGUACAUCUCAUGGAUUGAAGUUUACGCAAUCGAAGAUUGAUUAUCAUUAUAGCGAGAUUAAGGAAGGCAGAGUUUGGAUCUGUCAUGAAUGUGCGUAAUAGAUACUCGAGCAAUACAAGACUCCAUUGAUGCCCUUUUGAGUUCUGAAAUUGCACUCUUUUCAGUGACAUUUUAUCUUCAAUUUUUCAUUUAGUUCAUGUUACGUAAGACUGAAAUUUUGCAUUCUGCAACGUGUACAUAUUCUCAGGGCAGAUAAUAUAAUGUGCAUAGGGUUUAAAGAUUUGAAUCU